UCUAGGGUUAGGGUUUCAAACAGUGAAUCGAGAAUCAAGUCCUGCCAAUCAUCCAUGGCUUUCUGGUUGCACCGACGCAAUCAAAAACCAUUGGAAUUCGACCCUUAAGCUCAAAUGCUCGUCCAUGGUCGAUGACGCCAGCGACAAUGAACAAGCACACCAGCCGCUUAAGAGAUGGAAUGGUGCUGGCGCUGCCAUGGAAUUCAACUCUUGCGAGAUUUCUAAUCAUUUUUCAGGGGGUUCGGGUGGUUCAAGCCAUGCAACAACCCCUAACCAGCUACCCACUCCCGUGGCUGUGCCUAUAGCUGUUCUGUUCCAACAGUUUCCGCCACCCCAGCAACAGCUUAAUUUUAUAAUUUCGAUUCAAACUAUUGUUAACAUAUACAAUACAACGAUUUCGGAUCAUUGGAGGUUUGUGGAGAAACAUUUUAGCCCUUUCAGUCCUGAGUUCCUUCUUGUGAUGCAAGAGAUGAUAAAAAAGGAAAUUAGGAAUUACAUGUCUGGGCUUGAGCGGAACGGGCUGUGUCUACACACUGAAGGGAUUAGGAACGCGGCUGUGAAGCGUAUCGGCAUCAGCAAGAUCGACUAG